GAGUGUGUGUGUCAGGCAGAAGAGGGAAAGCCGCCAGUAGAAUGGAUAUGUGCUCUAUCUCCUCCACCCUCUCUUCUCCCCCCUUUCUUCUACCUUGUCUCAUCUCCAUUUCUUCACCCCUUCUCUGCCAGUGUUGCACCCUGGAAACCCUCAGGGAACAGGAGACUUGACCAGUGCUUGUGCAGCUGAACAGUGAACUUCGAUGUCAGCAGGAGAUCAGAAGAAUGGUGGUGACAAACCAGGAGACACGGUGCCGGUGGCUGAGGUAUGGCCGGAGGUGGAAAGGGCCGAGUGCUUGGCACGUGGCGCUGCCUUGAAGUGGGCAUCAGGUGUUUUCUGUCGGCCUGAACAUCUGGAGCGACUGAGCCAGUACAAGAAGAGAGAGAGUCAGAGGACUGCUUCCAUACACACCAGGCUCAAGUCCAUGGUCCAGUCGUACCUGGAGGGGGUAGGCUGGGGUCUGGAGCAGCUCCAGGAGGCCCGGGCGGAGCUGAGGGAGGUGUCACACACUUUGAAGAAAGCAGGACUGGAAUCCAAUCAAAACGCCAACGGGGUGAAGCCUCUGGAGAGGCUGAGAGAAGUGUCAGUCAACCACCGCCAGCUCCUCGCUGCUGUCAGCAACUUGCCACGUCUAUACUCAGUGCAUAGUCUGGUGUUAGAGACUGAGCGUCUGGUGGAAUCCCGGCGCCUCCUGGAGGCCCACGCCCGGCUGAUGGAUCUGGAGCGCUGGCAGGACGACAUCCUCUGGCAGCUCCAUGGAGCUGCUGGGGCGGCAGGAAGUGCAAUUAGCAGUGAAGACAAAGAGCUGGUGGCCAAAUAUUUCUGUGGUGUUGGGCGGCUUGUAGACGCCUUGGGAAAGGAGCUCUGGGCAGUGGUGAGCAGUGCUCUGGCUCUGGCCCGACAGAACCCCACACCGUUUGUAUCGGCUGUGAGGAUAGUGGAGCGGGAGGAAGCCCUGGACCAAGCUCUGCUGGAGGACAGAGGGGGAACCAGGAGCAGCAGCAGGCCCCUGCCCCCUGGACGACCUCGCUGCUGGAGAGCAUGCUUCUUCCAGGUACUAGAGGAGGCGGUUUCUGCACGGUUCCGUAGCGUGUCCUACCUGCACACGCGUGGCCCAGGUCUGGCGGGACACCUAGCUGCUCUCCAGCACGCCACCACGGCUGACCUGGCCACUGUACGCCACCUGCUGGAGCACUGUGUGCCGAACCACUACAGACUCACAGGAGCCUACCUGAGGGCCAGCCAUCGCUGUUUACAUGCUCACCUGGCACAGGUUAGCAGCUGGGACCUGGAGAGUGGUGAAAUCUUUGCCGUGCUUAACUGGGUCCUACACAUCUAUAACAGCCCAGACAUGAUGGGUCAUCCAGAGCUGGUGACUGAGAUGGAGAAAGAAGAGCUGGGACCUCUCAUCUCCACCGAGGGCCUGGAGCGCCUGCAGGGCAAAUAUGUGCAGAGUGUUCGGAAGAGUGUGUCAGAGUGGAUGCACAAAGCUCUACAGGUGGAGCUGCAAGACUGGCAGAGAGACCAGGAGCCAGAUACAGACCAUGAAGGUUUCUACCAAACCAGCCUGCCUACCAUCAUCACACAGAUGCUGGAGGAGAACGCCCGGGUGGCUCUUAUGAUCGGAGAAUCCCUUCGAGAUCAGACAAUACAGAUGGGACUGUAUGAGAUGGAGAACCUUUUGAACAGGUUUCGGGAAGCUCUGGUGGAAUUCGGGAAAGAACAUCGAAGGGCUCCGAGCAACGACAAAAACAAGUUCUAUCUCCACUACUGGCUAGCGUCUAUCAGUAACUGCAUAAUUCUCAAAAAGUCCACAGAGAGCCUGCAGCAGCAGCAGUCAUCCCGCUCAGCGGGACAGUUUUCUCGGACCCCUCCCAACCCACUGGCAGCUCUGGACCGGGCAGUGAGACGAGCAUGUCGCCUGGUGAUGGAUCAGCUCCUUUUGGACCUCCAGCCUCUCCUCCCAGGCUUGCUGACCCGACCCUGGCUGGUCCAGGGAGACCCCACCCCCAAACUCUGCCAUGUCCUGGAACAUCACCUGGAGCUGUACGGCCGCGUUCGGCCGCCCUGCCGACAGCGCCUGCAGGAGGAGGCCCAGUGGCUGAUGGUGGUGGAGUACGUCAGGGCUCUGAUGCAGAAGAGGCUGGUGUGUCGCAACGCAGACGAGCGGAGGCAGCUUGCUCAGCAGAUGGUUCAGGAUGACCAGCUGUUCAGAGAAAUCUUCCACAGCCUGGAGGGCGAUGGGUCGGCACCUGAGGUGAACCCGUUAGCCUUACUACCUGUCCUUGCUGACUUCAUCCGACUCAAAGACACCGCCAUGCUCACUCUGGAAGUGUCAGGACUCGCAGCCAAAUAUCCUGACAUCAGUGAAGAACAUGUGUCUGUACUGCUGGACAUCCGGGGUGAUGUGUCCAGGGACAUCAGAGGGGCUGUAUUGGACUUGCUGGAGCAGAGCGCCCCCCCUUUGCCGGCGGGAUAUCGACCCAUCUUCACUGACAUCUUGGUGCCUCCCACGACCAUGGCCUUCUGUCUGCCCACUGCCAAGUGUGCAUGACUACAAAUUAAACUCUGGCCCAUCUCAUUCUAAUCAGGGUGGACCUGAUUCUCUGAUGGAUCAUCAAAACCAGGUCCCCUUUGUUGAUACACUUAAAAUACAGAGCAGAAGAAUGCUGUUGAAUCUGUUCCUGCUAUAUCUCACGCUAUGUUGAUGGAUGGACAACCUGUAUUCAACCUGUAUUCUCAUUAUUUAUCCAGCGAUAAUUUGUUUGUUUUCAUUUCCUCCCAACCACCCUGCUUGGCACUCCAGUGUAACGCACAUCAUUCGUAUAGGGAGCUGCUCAGAACCCCCCUCACAGUGUUUAGUAGGGAUUCAUAUUCUUCUCCUUGAUCUACCAGAGAUUUGAGCUGGUCUUUGCUGGUUCAGGUCGAAGUUCAGAAACCCAUUUGUCUGAAUCUAUGAUCCACUGGAGCUGGUUUGCUGCAUUAAUGCAGUUAAAACAUAUUACGGGUAGAAGGGUGUCUGUUACACGUUGUUGUAAAUGUCUGAGCUGUUUGUGCUGCAGAAUUAGGGCAAUUUUUAAAAGAAAGAUUACCUGUAAUGUUCCUGUUCUUACUCAGAUAUCAUGUUGGCUCAAUUUGUGACAGAGAAAAGAGCAGCUUUUAAUUUGCCGUAGGUAACUUUUUCUUUCACCUCCACUGUAUUGACUUUGCAGCAGAGGCACUUAGAGGCACUAUAUAAUAUAUAUAAUAAUAAUUGCUCUUGUUUUUGGGGAACAGUCCCUUUUAGUUACACAUUGUAUAAGGCACUGUUACAAACAACAGAUCUUUAAGGACCUUGUGACUCCUGACCAAUAGCUGAAAAACCUGACAGUAACAGAUCUUUACUGGACCCUGAGGUUGGCACAUGGUCACAGACUGUGAUCAAAUUCAAAGCCCUUGAUAACGUCCUCCUGAAGAUCCGUAACAUCAGUUCAUAUAUGUGAUGCAUAGUUGUAUCUAAUUUUGAGCUUCAGGGUCAUGCUAUAUGUCUUCAGAUAGAGGGACGUAAACAAUUUAAUCAGAAUGAAACAUUGUGCUAAUUUCUGAUAUAAUUUCACAGCACCAUGAACAUAUGGAGAUGAAUGCAGCUCUUAAAGCGAACAGAUGCUUUUGGGGAAGAAAUGAAGAGAUGAUGGUUAUUAUAUGAGUUACAACGUACAGUAUUUAGUGAGGACUCUGGAACUGUCAACCAUCCUACCUGACAAACAUAUGCUGCUGAUUCAUUACCUAUAAUGAUCCAUUUAAAAAUAUAUAAAUAUGUUUUCAUUAAUCUCUCUUUUUUUAUGUACUUUUAUUUUCUCCAAAUUUACCAUAUACCAUGUUGUUUUUAUUGGAUGUUUUAAAUCAGAUGUUUUUUUUAAGUAUUUAUUGUAUUUAUGUGAUGUGUUUCCAUAGUGAUAUUUCAAGCUUUUUUAUAGCUUUUAUGGUUUAAUGUCACAUUGUAAAUUAUUUUU